AUGAAUUGUGUAAUUAAUGAACAUUUUCGUGCAAGUAAUUUAUAUCCUCAAUUAUUAGAAAAUGUUUCGAGUUGGUAUGGGUGGAUGGAUAUUUUACAGGAACCAGAACAUGUUAAACUUUCUGAAACAGUUGAAAUUCUUGUACCAACACAAAUUUCUUCUCAUUUUUAUAUUCUUUUGACAGAAAUUUGUUCAGAAUUAAAUCAAAAUUCUCUUGGACAUUUAUUUACUAAAAAUGUUACUUUACACGUUUCUAAACAAAUUGGCCAUUUAUUUACUCUUAUACUUCAACAAUGUUUAAAUAAUUGUGCUUCAAUACCAGCUAUUUGUGUUCAAUUAAUUUUUGAUUGUAAAGCAUUCUUUCAAAUGUUUCCAGAUAAACAAUUUUUGGAAAUUAGUAAACAAAUUGAAUCAAAAAUGGAUCCAAUAGAAAUGAAUAUAUUACAAGAACCUUUACUUAGAAAUGCUAAAUUAUUUGCACAACGAACUGCUAUGAUGUUUGGUCAAUUACAAUCAGAACCAAUAACUGCUUUUAACAAAGAAUCCCAACUUGAAGAAAGUUAUAGUUCUUUAGUUGACCUUAUACCACGCGUUCAGGAUGUUCAACGUUUGGCACAAAUUCCACGUCUUUCCAAAUUUCGAGAUUCAACAAAUCAAUGGAAAGGAGAAGAAAACGAAAAUAAAAAUUUAUCAAUUACCAAACAACAAAAAAGACAAUCAUCAAAAUCCCCCCAACGUUUUGAAGGGAUUAAAGGACAACAACAAUCUUCUACUUCUUCAUUUUCUUCACUUUAUGACAAAAUUUCUACUAGCUGGUUUAAAACUUGA